AUAGCACGGAGUGGCUAGCAUGAAUUACGGGGUGUGACAUGGCAUGGCAUGGCAUUGCAUGGAACCACAUUGCACGCCAUUGCAUGUCAUGGCAUGCAUCAGUGUCCUGCAGAGAAGCCAUCUUGGACCAACAAUUGACAUUCCGCACAGCAACACCUGACGACCUGCACUCCGUGCAUUCCCUGGAAAUGGCUGGAUACCCGGAAGACGAAGCAGCCUCCCUCAACUCUCUCAACUACCGCAUCCAGAAAGCCAGCUCAGUGUUUCUAGUGGCGACACUUGGCAGCGAGCUAGUGGGAUUUGCAUGCGGCACUCAGACGGCCAAGGACGAGCUGGACCAUGCCUCCAUGUUCGUCCAUGACCCCACAGGCGAGACAUUAUGCAUCCACUCCGUAUGCGUAAGCCAGAAGUACCGUCGUCAGGGCAUUGGGUCGCGUUUGCUGAGAGCCUACAUCAAGCACGUUUCGUCCAUCGAAGAGCCAGUGCUGCAAUCUAUUCGUUUAUUGUGCAAAAAGCCACUAUUAGGGUUCUAUAAAAGAGUCGGCUUCUCCUUGGUGGGGCCCUCAAGUGUAGUUCACGGAAGGGACCAGUGGUUUGAGUGUUUGCUCAUUACUCAACAAAAAUGAUGUGAGUAAAUUCAUAUAUUGGUG